CAACGUUAAUUUAUAAUCUCAAUUGUUGUUUAUAACAAUACGAAACAAAAAAUAUAAAAUCAUUUUUCCUGUUUGUUUGCUAAAUUUGAUCUGUAAUUAUAAACUCUGUUAAAGAAAUAAUCAUGUUUUUCUUCCGGUACCUGUUUACAAAGUAGUGGAAUCAGACUUCAAUAUGGCGGCCGCGGGUUUGAAAGUCUGAGUAGAGGCAAAAAGCAGUUUUUCAGAUUAACUGCUGUUGGUUUAGAAAACUUUUGGGAACUUUUUGUAAUGUUACGUUAAUUUAUCGUGAAUAUACGUGGAAAGAAGACAUGAGCUCCGUGACGGCCGGCUGGAGAGCAGUGUUUGAGAGAGGCCGGCUGGUCCCCCCGCACAGCCACACAGUCCGACUGGCUGCAGACACACACCUGAGUCAGUCACACGGCCUGCAGCUCAGCCUCAGCCGGCUGACCGCGCCUCACCUCCAGCAGGAGACUUCAGAGGGGGAACACGGUGUGACAUAUCAGCUGCGAGUAACUCUUUUUGAUAGGAAUCACCAGCACUUUUUUGGAAAAACAUGGAAGAGCACACCCCAGAGGAUGAAAGCCAACCACAAGAUACUGUUCAACGAGGUCCUGUACUUCCAUACGUCUCUCCGGUUGCCCAGCAUGAUGGCGGUUCUGGAGCUGGUGGCAUUGUCAGUCAGGCCAGACGGCACCCAGCAGGCCCUGGGGCGAGGCUUCACCAUCCUGGAGCUUUUCCCCAACAAGCCAGAAGCUCGGGCCACUGACGGGGACAGAAGGCUGAAUCUGCACAAUGGAUCACCGAGGAGCCUUCUCCAUCCUCUGCUGAAGGAUUCUGUUGAAUAUGACAGCGUCCUGAAGACGAUUGAUGGAGCUCAUUUGGACUGUGUGAUAAAAGGCCACCCUGCACUGGUUUCAAUGAUGCAUCUCCUUCCAGAGAACGUCCUCGUGUCUGGGGAUGAAAACAUUCCUGGGCUGGCUGCUUCUCCAACAGGAGAUGCGCUGUUGAGGCCUCAGCUGCUCAAUAUGCUGCCCUACACCCUGGACAGACUGACCGUCUCCCUCCAGCCGUCCCUGGAGAAGUUUGAGAGCCAGCUACUGCAGCUGAUCAAUGCUGACUGCCACAACACGAAGCAGCCAGGAUCAGAGGGCACAGCGAGGACGGUUGUCAUCCAGGAAAGGAGGCUCCAUGUCGGGAUCCACAACGGCUGGUGUUUCCUGGAGAAGCCCCAGGUGGUGGUGCUGGAGCCCGAGGCCUCGGGGUUCAGGGCCCGGUCAGGAAGCACCUCCAACAAAAGCAGGCUAGCCAAGGACAGCCUGGCAGUGGCAUCCCUCCCUCAGGUCUUGGGGCUUCGCAGCAGCCUGGAGCUGAGGUUGACCAAUGACAAGGCUUUGGCCAUUAUCUUCCAGCUGGAGUACGUCUUCUCUGCUCCGAUUGGCCGAGAGACCACAUUGUCGGUCACCUCAACAUCCCGUGCGGCCUUCAUGCAGUGCCUUCGCUGGGGCAUUUGGUGCCCCUUCCAGGGGUCUGCUGACUGGAGAGGUGAAGAGAUUCAGCUUGCCCUGCAUGGAGGUGCAAUGCCAAACCCUCAUGGAGUCAUGGUCUAUAGCACAGAAAUGUCUACAAAAGCUCAGAGUCCUGUGCCACAGUCGACUCCCAGCACAGCCCAGGAGAGAGAUGCGAUAAGGUUUCACCUGUGGUCCAGUCUGGAGAAGAAGGCGUCCAGCCCAAAGGCAUCUCUGAAGACCAAGCAGGAGGAUCUAUCGCGGCAGAGAAGACCCCCCUUAUCACCCUUGCAAGAUCAGAAACACACUCCACUAGCUUCUCCUCCAGGAUCACCACGAGGCCCAGGGCUCUCACUGUCUCAGCUGGCAGCUACUUCACGCUACCCGACCAUCAGCCACUCCAGCUCCGCGUUGCCGUGGCAACAGCCGUUUUCCUCUCUGCUCCAUCCUUCCCCGUUGGCAUCGGCCCACCAGCUGUCACAUGUCGCAUGCUCAGCUGCCAGCAACAUUGCCCAUCUGGAGAUGAGCUUUCAGCGGGACGGGAAUGUGUCACCUACAGUUCAAGAUGAUGGUGACCAACUCCAGGAGCUGCCGUUCACCCCUGUCCAUGCCCCUGUCAUAACUUUGGGGAUGAACGUACCCAGCUCUUGCUCAGUCAGCUCCAGGAGCUCCCUGGCCCACCUGUAUUCUGCCGGCUUCCCAGACAUCUUGGACUGUAGCGGGCAAGUGGCUGAAGUACUGGACCCCACGGAGCCCAUGCACUUUGACCCCCAGCGUGAGGAGGCCGAACUCCUGCAGGGUAACCUGCUGGUGUUCCAGUUCCUGGCAUUUUCCAGGAUCCCAACAGCGGGAGUUAGUCCUGAUUGGCCUGAUAACAUCUACUUCACCUUCCAGUUCUAUCGCUUCCCACCGGUCACGUCUCAGCAGCUCAAACUACUGACCAGUGACAAGGUCCAGCAGAAAGCCAGUGAUCCACUUCCCUGUGUCCUGGCCUCAAUCAACAAGGACGGCACUGUCAACUCAGGCUCCCCAGGGCUACAGAUUCAGUUCAGGGUGGAUGAGGGUUUCCUUCGGCCAGGUGAGAAGCGGUGGUUCCUGCGCUACCUGGCCCUCCAUAGCAUGCAGAUUGACAUCUGGGACAGCGACUCACUGCUCCUUAUUGGAUCCACUGCCAUCGAGCUCAAGUAUAUGCUGCGUCAGGGUCGAUCAGCUGUGCAGGCCCUCCAUGAGGUGGAGGUGCUAACCACUGACUACGUAGGAGAGGACACCCUGCUGACGAGCACUGAAGCGGGCAGACGCUCGGCCUCUUCUUCUAUGAUCGUCCACACAAUCCUCAGGGGCAGGUUGCACGUACGCACCGGCAAUAUCGGAUGUGCAGCGGAUCCCAAACACAGCUCGGCAGGGGAACUUAAGCCAUCGCACUCCCAUAUCAUCAGACCUCGAGUGGGCAUUGGUGGCUUCAGAGGGGGCAGUCUGUCCUCCAGCAACAUCCUCCAAUUUAAUGAGAGGAACAUAGCGCGAGCAAAGCGACUGGAGAUGGACAGGGAUCUUGUGGCAUUGUUCAGGAACAAAAUCAAAGCUGACGCCCCCAUGCCCGACGGGCGCAACCCAGACGAGCCCAACGACAGCCGCCAGCACAAACUCAACCGAAUGGCUGCCGUGCAUCAGCGGGAAGGCAAGGAAGCUGCAGAGAGCCAAGCGAAAGUGACGAAGGGUCAGAGGAAGGAGCAAGCCCAGUUAGCCAGAGAGCUGCAUCAAAUCAAGCCCUACCAGGAGCGAAACAAGGCAGAGGGCAUCGCCAACAUGCUGAGCCAGGCCAUCACUACUCAGCAUCUGGUGUACGCCAGCCUGGGCUCAGCUGAGUACAUGGAGUUUGUCCUUAAAAACCCCUUCAAUGUACCACAGACAGUCACCAUCCACAGCGAAGACCCUGAUCUCAGUGUCGUCACCAACACAGAAGAAUGGCGGUACUUCAAGACACUUACCAAUACACCUACCCCGCUGGAGGAGAAUAUGUUUCACCUGGAGGAGGGCAGCCCAGGACCCAGGGUCUACCUCCGACCAAAGGAGAGUAUCCAUAUCCCCCUAAAAUACCAGACCUUCCUCUGCGACCACACCAUAGCCCUUCAGGGACCAAGUUUCCUGCCCACAGGCAGAAGUUCUCAGGUGGCCAAGAAGAAUCCAUCCAAUAUUGUGCUGGCCAAGAUGAUCAAGGUUGUGUUCAAAGCAGAAGACGGCAAGCCGAUGGCCAUCUGCCAGGUAAACGUGGAGCCGACACCCCACGUCGUGGACCAGGCUUUUCGUCUUUACCACCCCGAGCUCUGCUUCCUUAAGAAGGCCAUCCGCCUGCCACCAUGGCACAGCUCCUCAGUCGGAGACCCAGAUGCCAGGGCUCACAUUUCCGUGCGCUGCAGUGACCCCAAUGUCAUCUGCCAGACAAGGAUGUUGGCACCAGGGGAGCCUCAGGAUGUAUACUUGAAAGUGCCAGGGAGUCCCAGUCCACAUAUAAAAAUGUUCUUUGUCAUGGUUUUCACUGAUAAGUGGAUGGCAGCGCCCUCCCAGAUCUGGCAGAUUUACGUGCACUUCCUGGAGCGGGUGGAUGUCAGCUGUGUGACUGGCCAGCGGAGCUGUCAAUCACUGGUGCUGAGGGGCAAGCAAGCUGUUCGCAAGGUCAAAUGCUUCUCGUCACACCCGCAAGAGAUCGAGGUGGACCCGACGGGCGUGUUUGUUUUGCCCCCUGCAGCGGUGCAGGAGCUCCAGCUGAAGGUGCAGCCUUGGCGAGCGGGCAGCCGCUUCUUGUAUGUGAACGCAGUAGAUGUGGAGCACCGUCGGCUGCUCACCACCUGGCUGCUCUGCCUCAAUGUACACCGGCCUGUGUUGUCCAAGGCGUUUGAAGUGUGUGUCCCAGUCGGUGGUGGUCGGGGCAGCUCCAAGAGGAUCACCUACACCAACCCUUACACCGGCAGCCGGGUGUUCGUGCUUCGCUCCGACCAUCCAGACCUGCUCCAAUUUAAGGAGGACAAAUUCCAGAUCGGUGGAGGAGAGAGUUACACCAUUGGACUACGAUUCGCCCCCAGUCAGAGUUCUGGCUCAGUCGAGAUCCUCAUCUACGUCAACAACCUGGAGGAGAAGACCGAGGAGACGUUCUGUGUGAAAGUCAACUACUCAUGACACCCCCUGUUGGACAUGUUGAAUACAGUUUUAAAUCAUUAUCUCGGUGCAUCAAAUGAAUGUACAGACAAGCUAUAAUUUUGCUAUUUGAUGCGUGUAACUUAUUUUUAUAAACAAUGGAAUGGUUCUUACCAACGUUUGAAUUUCAGGUGCCCAAAUAGCUAGAGCAGCCCAAUGUCAGCCUUCUUCAAAAGUAAACUAAAGUCACAAGGAGUUGGUCCUUCAAGUUCCAAAAAGGGCAAAAAAUAAUCUCCAACUUGUUCAAACAUAAUAAGUGUUUUGCAGCCAACUGAUAGCGCUGUGAUUUCAAAAGUCCAAUAUUUACUUCAUCUUUUAUCUCCUAGAUUUUCCCCACUCAAACAGCCAGCUGGUGGAAGAAUCUUCCUAAUAAUCUCUUACUUCCAUGUUUAACAGCUGUAAAUACAACUUUUUCUGUUUGUUCAAGUCAUUUUUGGCCAGAAAUAACAAAAGAAACAAACCCUGUAACAAAAUUAGAUUUUUGGAGAUUAUUUCACAAGCCAAGUGGUGCACAGCUUCUUUAAGCGGCAACGCCAGGAUCAAGAGGCUAAUAGUUGCAUCAGUUUUGUACGGGAUGUUUUCAGAAGUUUAUAGACCUUUUUCUCAGCAACCAUUUGACCCAGACAGCAGGAGAACACAGGUGUUACCAAUGACAUUAAUGAAGGUUCUGUUGCAUUCAGGUCUACCAGAGCCAGGCUCCUGCUAUUGUUCAUGCUGGCUACCUGGAAAGACUCUGCUACACUGUGAAAUGGAACAGAAACCUAAUUACCUGCUAUUUCAUGUCAAUAUGGCAGCUGUUAAAACUUGACUUUCCCAUUUAUCUUUGCCACAUGUUUAGGUCACUGAAACAUUUUCCAAUCAUAUAUUUUGGCAGCAUUUUUGGCAGCAUCUGCUUGAUCCUGUUGUGGCUGUGCGUUUUGCAGAACAAAUCACUGGCAGUAUGGAAAAUCCAGGCAAUGAUGAGGUAAAUAUUGGACUUUUGCACUCACAGUGUAAUUGUUUGACUUGGGAAUGCUGAUUAUGCUGUGCGAGCUGUUUGGAGAAUUGUUAUGGUAAUGUUUCUCUCUCUCUCUUCUGAAACUGUUUGCAUGUCUGCAGACAUGCAAACUUCACUGGUGUUUUGACUAAGUAGAUAACAGUCAAAUUUUCAUUUAUUUAGUAGACUGUUCCUUUAAAACAGAAAUCAAGUCCUGUUUUUAUCAAACACAUGGACUCCUUCCAUGGUGAGGUACUGUACUGUAGGUAGAAGCAAUAAGAGGAAAAGUCCUUUCCUGUUAGUCUAGAUGAGCUUCAAGUGAAAUAAGGUUAUGCUUCAAGAGGCAAACCUAUUGAGUGCAGGAGGAGAAGGCCUUGUAGGCAAUAGUGCUUUCUCUAAAAACCUUUGAACACAGACACCCCCGCACAACAGUUAUUAUGCUAAUUCCAACAAGAAUGUAAAAACUAAAACUGAGUAGAUCUGUCCGUAAAAGCUUAAUAUACGCAAAAUAAACUCCCAAAAGAACAAAUUGUCCUCAAAACGAACCUGAAUUCAAAUGAACAUAGACUAAUUAUUUUCUCUUCAGCCUUAUGACUAGCAAAGCGGCACAAAAGAAAUUUCAAAUCGUCAGUGUUAACAUGAAAUCCUAAUAGUGAUGUGUCCUGCGCUGAGAUGUCCAGCAAAUAUCCGACAGUUCAUCCCCAGCCAGUCCAAAGGUGCUCCGAGGUGAAAGCAAUAACAUUUUUAUCGACCGUAAUUACCCAGCAAACCCGCUUGAAUGCCACUUGAUGGUUAAGUUUUAAUCUGAGGCAAGCCAGGGGUCCACUCUCGACAUCCCCUCACCGCCCAAACAACCUAUCCUCAUCACCGGCAUUAUUAGACACGGUGCAGUAAUGAGGUAUGAUUUUCCAGCAAGGCACACAUCUCUUCAGAUCGCCCUCAUUAACACCAGCACCCUUUUAAACCCUCUCUCCUCUCUUUCUUGCUUGCUCUCCCUCUCUAUUCUGCAUGUCUCUCUAUGUGAGCCACAGAGAGAGAGAGAGAGAGAGAGAGAGAAGGCCCUUGCACAUUUUGCCAACAAGCCUUGUCUUAUGUAACACAGCGUUACACAACCCCCCCACCCCAGCUCUCUCUCCUCGCGCUCUCUCAUUAGAAUGCAGGCUGUAAAAAGCCUCAGCACAGCAGCAAAGACUAAUAAAUAGAAGGUAGCAACCCAGCCAGAUACACUUCAUCUUUACCUUCUCUAACAUCUUUUUUUUUUCUGGACAUCCAAUAUAUGAAGCAGUUUAUCGUGUAUGCCUCUUGUUUUCUUCUCUAGUUUAUGGCAUGUGUUAAACAGCUCUCACAAAUAUACAUGAAAGCCUGUCUUACUCAAUAAUUUGCGCCUGUUAUCUCAUUUAUACCAAAAGCUGCAUUAAGCAGCUUGGUCACACUUUCUUUGGAUAUUCCCCUAUAGAUAUUCAACAGAAUGUCAAUUGAUGUAUCAGUUAAAAAAUUAAGUUCAGUAGAAUAUCAAUAAGCCAUAAAUUGCAUUUCAACAACAUGUCUGUAAAUAUUCAAACAGACAGUUUGAAUCUUUCAGUUUCUAGGCCUUUCCCCCCUAUAGCUGGAAUGAGUUCUGGGCAAGACACGCUCACCAGCACUGUGAUUGGCCAGAAAAUUUGUUGGCCUGUUGUCCAUUCGCUAAAACAGGCUUAACAUAACUCCUCACUCAACCAUAACAUUACCUUAACCCUAGCGUGUUUCAUAAUAACAGAGAGUCCAGUAAUAAAUUCAUCUAGGCCUCCAUGUUUGUUAAAAUUCAGCAGUUCAUACAACAGAAUGUCAAUAGAUAUGUUGUUGAAAUGAUAUUUUAUGGCUUAUUGAUAAUCUGCUGGACUCUUGUUGAUAUUUAACUUAAUGCAUUCAGUGACAUUCUGUUCAGUGUCCAUACGGGACUAUCUUAAGACAGUGUGACCGGCAGCAUCGUGCACUGGCGGCCUCAAAUGGCAGCGGGAGGUAACGUUGAAUUUUGAAGCCUCUUCUCGGACCUUCUGCUAAAUUGUCGGUUGGAGGUGCAGAGGUUCAUUCACUGCUGGUGAGAUCGACAUUCUCUGGACAGAGUGCUCGCUCGCCGCUUUUUAGGUCAAAGUUUUGCCUUUGUCACCUUUUUGUACACAGAAAGGAUUUCACCCCCAACACCAAACAUUAAUGUGGACAAAUCAGGUGAAUUCACAGCUUCUCUGUCAAAGGACAUGGGACACUUUUCUCUGUUGCAGCCCCCACAUCGUGAUUUAGGUUAAUAACAUGGACGUAUUUCCAUAUUUUUGUUUCAACAUAUUUAAAAAAAAAAAAAAUAGUGCAGCUUGAAUAUCCAAAUCCUGACCAAGGCAGCAGUCCUGAACAUGAACGGCUGCACAGUUGUUCUCCUGGCGAGGGCCAGAGCAGCACUGACAUCUUAUUAGCAGUGCCAGUCCAGUUGUUGUUGGUUCCUCCUGACGGAGCACUGACACCCAACACAACAGCUCACACUGUCUGCGCACCUUGUUAGUGGGGAUCGACGGCUGCUGUCUAGUCAGUGGAGAGGCAGCCUAGAUAUGUUUCUGGUGGAGGGAUGCCUGUUAUUCCCCUGCAACUAAGCGAACCAGGAUGGUCUGGUGUGUACUGUAUCUGUGUGUGUGUGUGUUUAUGUUAGUAGAUUGGCCUGAGCCAUAUGAGUGGGUGCGUGUCUAUGAGAGCACACAGGGAAGCAAAUAUCAAAGAGCUAGCUGGAGGAAUAUGCAACCUAGCAACCAGCCCUCCUCCUCCUCAGGUACACCGCUGGCCUGGAACUACACUGCAGUGGUGGGAAUAAAGUGGGUGUGUGUGUGACAGAGACAGAGACAGAGAGAGAGAGAGAGAGAGAGUUUUUCUAAUUCCAUCCCUGUGAGAAACAGUUUACGUUUUAGACCUUUUCAGGCCUGUCCUGUUUUCUACAUCAGGUUAAGGUUAGCCAUGUAGUGGUGAAGGUUAACGAUCAGGUUGUAGGAAUUAACAACAUUAGUGGAAAGCCCUUUUUAAGUAUGGGUGAGUGAGUGUGUGUGUCUGUGUGUGCUGCAAUAAAAGACAUGAGACUAAGCAAAAGAGCUCCAAAUAAUAAGAGAUAUGCUGUGUUCUGACAAAAAGAUUUUUAAGAGAAACAGAUUGACAGAAGAGGAGAGGUAAAGCGAAAGCGUCAUCUGGAGGAGGGGUCAGAGUAAACCAACAUUUGUGAGAAGGAGCUCUUAACAAACAGAAAUUCAAACAUACUUCACUGAAACCUCCCAAGUACAAAGAAGAAUGUGUUCAAGCUCAGGGAGCACCACUUGUUCCUCUUGCCACAAAACACACAUGGCAGCCACUAUAUUGUGAAUACAGUUCUCAGUAGAUGGCAGCCUUACACAUUGAGCAAACCCUCUGGCUCUCUCCACUCGGCCUCCUCGGUGAUGUGGUGGCAAAGAAAAAGGUGGGAAAACUGUGACCUAUGUCAAAUAUAACCAAUAAUCAAAUCAAAAUCAAAAAUCUUCCUUUUGUUCCAUGCUGUUUCCCUAUACCUUUUACAUCAUUUAGCCACAUAUUGCAACGUCAUAUUGCAAAGAUUUAUGCCAGCCUGAAAAAAAGAUGAGUAAACUCUGUUCUAAAAAUAAAAUGGUGUGUACACUGAGAUCAGAUGGAUUUACCCUCCACUACAUCCCUGACCCUCCCUCCCUCUCCUCUCUCCCUCCUUGAUCUCACUGUUUGGGUUGAUGUUGCUUGUUUUCACCUCCCUGGUGGCUCAGGCACAUCUUCUUGUAUAUUGCAGUGAGUCUGCAAAGCUUGAAUUGAAUGUAGCCACUGUGCUUUGUUUAUUUUCAGUUGUACCACACAUUGUAACUAGAUUUUUCUCUCUCUUUUUUUGUAUUUGUAAUAUAUUUAUGUACUUUCAGGCCCUGCUGCAAGGCAGAAUAAAAUUGUUUCCAACCGA